GCGCCUGAGGUCGGGUCUCAGCCCGUGGGCACGCGUCACCGCGGGGUGGUGGGAAAGGGGCUGCUUACAGCUAGGGUCACCCAGCGCCAGGUCUCCCGGAAGCCCCUACAGCCGUUCUCCGGUGGCGGGCGGCUUCUUUCGUGCGGCGAAACGCGGGUACCUCUGCGUCUCCCGAGACCACGGGAGCUUCUCUGCUGCUGACAGCCUUUCCAAGGUCCCUUCCCAGAAUCAAGGUCUUUCUAAUCGCGCCACGCCACUGCAAGACUCCAGAGCCACCAUCUUGUCCCUACCCGGUUCUGCGUAUCAGAAAAGUGAUCCCAAUCUUGCUGUCCCUUGGUUGCAGAGCAUCUAAGUGGUUUUCAAGAUGGCUGCAGCCCCUCAAGCACCAAAGAGGGGAUCUGUUAGGAAGACUAGACCUCUGGUUGUAAAAACAUCACUGAACAACCCGUAUGUCAUUUCCUGGAGCACCUUGGAGAGAGAGGACGUACACUUUAUAUUACAGACACUGGAAGACAAAUUUAAAUCAAUUGGACUUCAGAAAAUUGAAGAUAAAAAGAAAAAAAAACCCUUUGGAAAAAAGCAAAGUUGCAGCCCCGAUGUUGAGACUAGUGAGGGUCUCAAAGAGGAGCACGAUGAGAAUGUGAAGGUCUCAGGGUGGACACCCACACACGUCAGAAAGCAGCUGGUCAUUGGCGUUAAUGAAGUCACCAGAGCCCUGGAGAGGAAUGAACUGCUCCUGGUUCUAGUGUGUAAGUCAGUCAAGCCUGCUGUCAUCACCUCACACAUGAUUCAACUGAGUAUAAGCAGAACUGUUCCUGCUUGUCAGGUUCCUCAGCUCAGCCAGAGAAUUGCUCCUGUCAUUGGCUUAAAAUGUAUGUUAGCCUUGGGCUUUAGAAAGAACACCAUGGACUUUGCUGAGGAAGUAAGAGCUAUCAUUCCCAGGGUGCCCAGCCUACAUGUGCCAUGGCUUCAAGACAGAACCCAAGAUCCCAAAGACAGAUUAGAGACAGAGUCUUUGGAAAGCCGGGACAAAGAGAUUUUGGACACUUCAUUUGAUGAUCUUACAAAAGCUAGUAAGAGAAAGGCUGCCGAAGGUGGGCAGGCUCCCGCUACAGCACUACAACCCCUUAAAAUAAAGAAACUCAUUCCCAACCCUCAUAAGAUAAGGAAACCACCCAAAAGUAAAAAAUCCAUUUCAAAGUAGUUUUGUAUCAACUUGUCAUUUCAUGAAAGGAUAUGGUCUAAAUACUUGAUUUUCAAACAAAUAAAGUAUGUUUACAUAUA